AUGGACGUGAAGCGGCCGAUUGUGGAUUUGGAAGAGCGCGUGUCGUUCGUGCACUCGACGGCGGACAAGGACGUCCAAGGCGAGUACGCGGACGUCAAGACGCCGGGGGAUCUCGAAGGGGGUGCCCUAGUCGCCGGGGGGGCGCUGAGCCUCAUGUCUCGUGAGGCCAUGGGGCUCUUGUCCCAGUACGCCGCCAUCGGGGUCGUGCUCAACAUGCUCCCGUCGCUCAGCUACCCCCUCUUCACGGCCUACCUCAACAUGGAAGGGUACCAAACGUCCUCGUACGGGGUGCUCGUGACCAUCGGGUACUCGUACAAGGUGUUCUUUGGCAUGUUGUCCGACUGCUUCCCCAUCUUUGGCUACCGCCGCAAGCCGUGGAUGCUCAUCGGGUGGACCACGACGAUGAUUUGUUUGUCGAUUCUGACGUUUUCGAGCUUUGGCACGCCGUUUUGCGACCGCGAAAAGACCAAGUACUGCGGCAAGGCGCUGGAAACGGUCCCGGCCUCGGAGCUCAAGCACUUCAACUUGAGCGCCCCCGACCAAGGCAUGUUCUACAUCAUGGUGUCGAUGGUGGCGUCCAUCGCGUACAUCAUCGCCGCGUGCGCGUCGGACGCAAUGGUCGUCGAGUACGCCCAGCGCGAGCCCGAGGCCAUCCGCGGUCGCGUGCAAACGGCCAUCUACGUGGUCCGCACCAUCAGCGGCAUUGCGUCGUCGGUCACGAUCGGGUUCGGUUUGAACGGACCCAACUACGGCGGGUCGUUCGGCUUUGCAAUCUCGCCCAAUGUUCCGUACGGUAUCUGCUUGAUUCCGUGCGUGCUGGCCGUGAUCGCGACGCUGACGCUGGUCGUGGACAAGAAGACGCCCGGCGUGCCGUUCCGCGAGUGGUGCGCCAACUUUUGGGAGCUGCUGCAGCACCGCGUGAUGUGGCAGAUCUGUUUGUUCCGUGUGGUCGUGAGUGGUCUGCAGUCGAUCGGGGCUACCCCCGGGUCGCUCAUCUCGCUGUACUGGGCCAAGGUGGAGCCCAUCAACAACGCCGUGAUGGACCUCGCGAGCAGCGCCAUUUUCAUUGCCACGCUCUCGGCCGUGGGCAAGUGGGGCCUCGCUUGGAACUGGCGGGUCAUGAUUGCAUUCGGCACCCUCGGGGUCAUGAUCAUCGACGGCCCCGUGCUGUUCUUGACCAUCUGGGACGUCGUGCGCAACCAGUGGUUUUACACGGGCGCGACGCUGGCCGACACGAUUCCCGCGGGGGUCCGCUUCAUCGUGUCCACGUACUGCGCCGUGGAAGUGGCGGAUGUGGGGAACGAAGGCGCCACGUACGGCCUCAUCACGACCAUUGCCAACCUCAUGGGGCCCAUCGGGUCGGUCGUGUACAAGUACAUUGACUCGUACUUUAAGGUGUUUGCGAAUGAUAUCAAGAGGGAUUCGGACGAAGUGCGCUGGGACGUGUCGUACGUGUACUUUAUCUCGUACGGGUGCAAGAUCAUGUCGUUGUUUGGGCUGUUGUUGUUGCCGCCCCAGAAGAAGGAGAUGCAAGAACUCAAGCGCAAGGGUGGCAAGAGCAAGGUCGCCGGCGCGUUGAUCAUCAUCGGGUACUUUGUGUGCAUUUCGUUCUCCAUGACGAGCAGCAUCAUGGCCAUCUACCCAUCCACCAAGUGCUACCGCAUCGCGGGUGGCAACGGCAAAGUCGACGCCAACGGCAAGUGCUUGAAGAGAUAA